AUGAGGACGAUAAGGAUUUUCGGGAUAUUGCUACUAUUUCUUUGUAAUUCUCAUGCCAUAGUUAGAAGAAAAGAAACUGAGAAAGAUACAAGCACUGAGCCCACAGGUGACAAUGUUUGCACUCAGUCUGUUGUUGUAGAUGAAUACAAACUUAUGAAAGUUGCUAAACCAUUCAAAUUCCAUACUACUGAACCAUGUUCAGAUAUUAGCCACUGGUUCAAGUGUCCUGUUGUCAAAGACUCAGUUCGUUAUGUCUACGAGAACAAACUCGAAAAAAUCACAAAGUUCAAGAAAGUUUGUUGUGAGGGCUAUUACCAAACAAAAGAAAAUACUUGCAAACCUAAUUGUGAUCCUCCUUGUAAGAAAGGACGAUGUAUCAAACCUGACGUGUGUGAAUGUGACACAGAAUAUGGUGGUCCAACUUGCGCUUCUACUUGUGCCGUAGGCCAAUGGGGACCUUCUUGUAAGAGGAAAUGUGACUGCGAAAAUGGUGCUUCGUGUGAUCCUGAAACUGGAAAGUGUAUUUGCCCCUCAGGCUUCAAGGGAUCGAGAUGUGAAGAUACAUGCCCCGAUAAUAUGUGGGGACACAACUGUACUGAGCCGUGUUUAUGCCGUAAUGGAGGAAAGUGCGAUGAAAAUGGGAAGUGUAUAUGUCCUGAUGAAUUUUCCGGACCUUUCUGUAUGAGGAAAUGCGAAAAAGGAAAAGCGGGUGAUGACUGUAAAUUCGAAUGUAAUUGUCACAACGGUGCGACUUGUGAUACCAAUCAAGAAGUGUGUCAUUGUGCUCCUGGUUUCCACGGGCCAACUUGUGAAUCUACUUGCCCUAGUGGCUUCCAUGGUUCCAAUUGCACAGAAAAAUGUUAUUGCCUGAAUAAUAAUGAAUGUGAUCCCGUUACUGGCAAAUGCUUGUGUGUAGGAUGGAAAGGGGAGAAAUGUGAUGUUGGCUGCUCUCGUGGAAGAUAUGGACCUAUGUGUUCUCUUACCUGUUCAUCAUGCUCUGGUAUAGAUGUAGAUGAUUCUAAUGCUUCUUGUGACCCCGUUACUGGUGAUUGUAUGUGCGAACGUGGGUUUAAGGGUCCUGACUGCAGAGAAAGAGCCUGUCCAGCUGACAUGUAUGGUCUAGAUUGUAAAAAGCAAUGUUCGUGCAUUAUGGAGAACACGGAAUCCUGCUCACCUGUUACUGGCUCUUGCCGAUGUAAGGCUGGAUAUGCUGGAGAUUCUUGUGAGAAUGUUUGCUCGAAACUAUAUUGGGGCGCUGCUUGUACAAAAACUUGUAACUGCAAUUUUGAAACAGCAACUGAAUGUGAUCCCGACACCGGUGUUUGUGUUUGUAAGCCAGGACUGAAAGGAAAAAAUUGUACUGAAGAAUGUCCAAACGGAAAAUAUGGUUUCGGUUGUGAAUUCAAUUGUCAAUGCAUUCAUGGUACUUGCAAUAAGAAAGAUGGUUCAUGCGAAUGCGAUAAAGGUUUCCAUGGAGCUUUAUGUUCAAUUCCUUGCCCUGUUGGUCAUUUCGGAUCGUCUUGUGCCUCUUGCCAAUGUAAAAAUGGUGCUGGAUGUGAUCCAGUUGACGGAAAAUGCCACUGUCUUUCCGGGUGGAUGGGAUCUAAAUGUGAUCAGCCCUGCCCUUCGGGUCGGUAUGGCCCUGGUUGCAGUUUAAUUUGUAGAUGUAAGAACGGCGGCAAAUGUAAUUCUGUGAAUGGUGAAUGCGAAUGUGAACAAGGAUUUAAUGGACCUACCUGUUCAACCCAAUGUCCAAAUGGGAAAUGGGGUGACAAAUGCCAAUCCGAUUGUGAUUGUGGAGAAGGCUCUUGCCAACAGAAGACUGGAAAAUGUGUUUGCAACCCUGGAACAACAGGAGACAAGUGUAAUAAGAAUUGUGAGCCCGGCUUUUAUGGCUUCGGCUGCGAAGAAAAAUGUUCCAACUGUACUGCGAACGCAAACGGAGAUGCAACAGAUUGUGAUGCCUAUGUUGGAUAUUGUAAAAGAUGUCCUACUGGAAGAUCUGGAGAGUUCUGUGAAGAAGUUUGCCCUCCUGGUUAUUGGGGACCUGGUUGUACUAACGAAUGUAACUGUUCUGAUGGUCAUAAAUGCGAUCCAACCACUGGAGAAUGUAGCUGCGAGCCAGGUUUUACAGGUGCUUCAUGCAACGAAGCUUGUACCAAUAAUACUUGGGGUAUUGGAUGUGCAAACCCUUGUCCGAAAUGUUCCUCUGGUGCGGAAUGUAAUGCUGACGAUGGCUCUUGUAGAUGCCCUCCCGGACGAGAAGGACGUCUAUGUGACAGAGUAUGCGCUUCAUCUUUCUGGGGACUUGGUUGUGCGAGGGAAUGCAAGUGUACAUCUGAUUAUAAGCAGUGCGAUCCCGUUACUGGAGAGUGUGCUUGCCCGGCUGGUUGGCAAGGUGAUCGUUGUGAUGUAAAAUGCGAAAACGGUUUCUACGGUCCUGAUUGCAUCCAGAAGUGUCGUUGCAGAGGAACAUCCACUGCGAGUUGUCAUAGGAUUACUGGUGAAUGUCAUUGUCAUCCCGGAUUCACUGGAGAGUUUUGUCAUGCUUUAUGUCCUUUGGGUCACUUCGGUUUGAAAUGCUCACGUGAGUGUGGAGAUUGUGGAGAAGGGUAUGAAUGUGAUGCAGCCAUAGGGUGUUGCCAUGCAGAUCAACUCAGUUGCGGACAAGCUUUGAUCGAGUUCCAAAAGAUGGAAGGGGGACAAAGCCGCUCCGGUCUGGUGAUUCUAAGCGCCAUCAUCUUAGCUGUUCUGUCUGUUCUACUAAUUUCUCUAGUGUUCUACUACAGAAGAAAAUACCAAAAGGAAAAAGAUCCUAAUUUACCGACUGUGCACUACUCACCCAAUGAUGAAACAGCUAAUGAGUUCAACAAUCCUCUAUACAUGACCAAACAAUCUAUCGCUGAUGAACCCAGAGAUGGUUUGCUCACAGAGGAAGAAGAAGAGUUAGAAAAUAAGAAAAUCCGUGGAUAUAACAGCCACGAUAAAUCAAACGAUUAUGCUGCUUUAGACGAUGUAGCUGGACCUUCAGGAGGACCUCCAUCGUGUACGGUUCCGCUUUUAAACAAUUCGGAAGCCGAUGAUAAUGAGUCAUCCAACAGUUAUGAAACACCUCAGUAUAAAAAGAAUGCCAAGAAAAGCGGGAAAUCUGAUGGGGAGCCUCUUGAUCGUAGCAGCAGAGUGCAAGAGAAUCUCUAUACUGAAGGUCCAUUGUAA